AUGGAAGCAUUGCGGAAACAUGGAGUUUGUUUUUGUUGUCUACAAAUAGGUCACACAAGUAAAAAUUGGCCCAAUAAGAGAUUUUGUGAAUUGAAAGGUGAUGGAAAGGAAAUGUGUAAUAGACUGCAGCACCCUGUUCUUCAUGAUUUGUUCAGUCGUAAUAAUGCGGUGCUAUUAAUGAACAAUAUGAUUUCCAGAGAAGGCAUUUUGCUUGUGAUGAGCUUUGUGAAAAACAUGAAUAUGGAUAUACCUACACUCUGGGACUCUGGUUCAAAUAUCUCAAUGAUAACUCAUAGGAUGGCCAGGCGAUUGGGAUUAAAGGGAAAUUAUAUCAACUUGAGUGUUACUAAAAUAGGAAAUGAGUCCAGAAAUUUGAGCAGUAAAAUAUACAAAGUUCCACUGGUGGAUGCAGAAGGUAAUCUAUGGGAAAUUGAAGCCUGUGGCAUUAUGGAGAUUACAUCUGAAGUACCAAAAUUUGAUUUAUCAAAAGUGCUGGAUAUUCUAGAUGCCUCAGAGUUGAAAAUACGUAGGCCUUGGGGUAAGAUUGAGUUACUGAUUGGGACUGAUUAUGCAGGGAUAAUGCCAAUUGUACUUAAGACUGUAGGGAAUUUUCAGCUAAUGAAGAAUGCAUUUGGCUAUUGUAUUAGAGAAUCAUUUUUAAGUGAACUAAUGUUUAAGUUGAAUGGUGUUAUAAUUAGGGUAAACCAUUCAAAUUGUUCUUAUAAGGUUGAAGAAAUUGAUAUAAUGCCGCUAAAGGGUAUUGGAAAACAAAUUGAUUUUUUGUCGGUAGAAGGACUUUGUGUUCAGUGUUCACCAAAGUGUGGUGAAUGUAAAUGUGGAAAAUGUCCAUUAAUAGGUGAAUAUACAUUGAAAGAGGAGAGGGAAUUAUUAUUGAUCAAGGAGGGUUUAAAAUACAAUGUAAAAGAAAAGUGUUUUCACGUGACCUAUCCAUUUGUCAAAGACCCUAACAACCUACCCAAUAACUAUUAUGCAGCCAAGGCUAGACUUCAGUCACUCGAAAAUAGAUUGAAACGUAAUGGAGCAGACUACACUCAGAAAUAUUGUGAUCAAGUUAAUGAUGAUAUGAUAAGCCGUGGAGUUGCUCGUAAACUAUCUCAAGGGAAACUAGAGACAUAUAAAGGUCCUGUAUUUUAUCUUCCUCAUCAUGAAGUUAUGAAACCUGAGUCAGAGUCGACACCAUUGAGGAUAGUAUUCAAUAGCAGUGCCAGUUAUAUGGGAAUCUCUCUAAAUGAUUGUCUUGCAAAAGGUCCAGACAUCCUGACAAAUAUGAUGGGAAUGUUACUGAGGUUCCGUCAGUAUCCAGUUGCAGUUGUAGGAGACAAAGAAAAUGUACAAUUCUGUUCACACAUCAGUAAUGGAUCAACAUACUCAUAG